AUGCAGCCGAGAUCACUUUUAAAGUUCCUCAAAAGUGUUAGUCCUGCUCAAAUCAGGGCAAUGCAAAUGAACUUAGCUAAGUUCUCAAGGCAUUUCCUAUAUUCCCAUCCAGCUCAACCUAUGGGUCUAGAAGACUUGAUUUGGAGAAUGUUAGCGGGUAAGUUGGUGAACAUCAAGCUUCAUACCCGGAGGUCACAACGUGUAGUGAAAGAAUCUAGAAGCCUAUGCACUUGUGACUGCAAGCGUUCCAACUUCACAAGCCCAGCUCUAUUGUCUUGA